GUUGGACACAGGAUUGGUAGCCAGAAAAGGGUAUUAAACGUUGAUUUGCAGGAAUCGGAUCGAAGAUCGCAGUGUGAGCAGGGUAACAUCUGCAGAGACGCCACAGCUACCAGCUGGGAUGCUUUGUGGACAGAUGAGUAUAACGUUGUUUUUCGAUCUGGAGGCUAUCCUUCACCAAUUAAGUAUCCUUCUUACAAUUCCUGGUUCAAUAAGUCAACUGACAAUUGCAUCAAGGAAUAAACAGCAGAAACAAAGAUAAAGAAGCCAAUUUGUUGAUUUGUUUUCAAGAGUGAUAAAAUUAAUCGAUGAAUAUGAAAGAAAAGAAUAAUACAUGAAUGAAGAAUACUGGAGUGAGAAGAAGUCAAAAGUACUUGUGAUCUUCCAAAUUGGCUGAGGAAAGAACAUUUAUCAAUAUGUUAUGUUGCAUGAGGAUCUUUUACUAAUGAGUUAUCAAAGAAAUGAAUACAUUGUCAAUGUGAUGUUUUUAUGUUCCUUUCUAUUCUAAAAACACAAAAACAUAUUUGACGUUUAUUCAUCACUGACAAUUGAUUAAAUGGCCUAUUAUUAAAAUUAAAGUGACAGAAAGAAAGACAGAAAAUGACUUCUUCAGUUAUUAACAGCACGUUCUGCACUGACAAAGAGGGCAACAAACAGGAAAAAAAGAAUAACAAUGAGCAGCCAAUCAGAACAGACGACGACACCAAUGCAAAUGAAAUAGUAUCCCCGAGUCCUAUAACGGAAGAAAACGAAGAGAGACAUAACAUAGCAGCUGAUAAUAUGAAUGAACAUCACCAGGCACCACAGAAUAUAAUGCUGCCAACUGAAGUUCUGGAUGUUCCUUUGAAUCAAGAUAGGGCUUCUCAACCAACAGACAUAAGAGUUCAUUUGCGCAAAAGUACCAAUCUGGAGUUUUCAGAACAUCAUCUCCACAAUAUAAUUGAAAGUACAGAACUCAAACACACAGAAGAAACCAUGCACCAUGAGAAAGCUUGUAGUCCACAGUGUCUUAACAAGGAAAACUGGAAAUUUGCUACAGGUGAAUCUACCGAUGUUCCUCAAAUUCAACAGGAAUAUUAUUCUAUAGGAAGGAAUAGUUAUGCUGCUGAAGCUGCUGUGGAACUACAAUGUCUGAAAACAGAGGCUACAGCCAAAAAUGAGAGAAUGGAUUUCAAACAUUCAUUUGUUCAGGACUCCUCAUCUUCCAAUUCUCUGGAGAAACCUAAUAAAAAGAAGAUGUCACCAGAGAAUACUGCAUCUGAAGAAAGUGGUGUUGGGUGUUUAUCUGAGGAUGUCUCAAUGACUGGUUGUACUGCUGAAUCUUUGAAUUUUCAAGAAAUCUGCAUGGAUGCCAUUGGUACUCGUAAUUCACAGCAUGCCCCAGCCAAUCUGGUCAGAGCCAUUUCUCCAUCUGAUCCAUUCAACCUGAUCUCAGUUGUAUAUAAUUCUAACUCAUCUACCUCAGAAAAUAUGAAGUCAGUCCCAGAGAUGCAAACAAAUGUAGAAAGGCAACUUGAUAUUAAAAGCACAACUCAGUGUGAAAGAGCAGAAUCUACUGUGUGUUCAGAUGGUGAAUUGCUGGUGCCCAUUAAUACAUCAGAAGUUCAGGUAAACCUAAAUGCAUUAUCUAACCAAUGUAAAGUAAACGCUGCAUACAAUUGCCCCCCUGUGAGUGACCUGCAGGAAACAGCUGAAUUUUUGCCUGAACUUCAAAACAAGAUAAAUAUUUUUAAGGGAAAGGAGACUACAGGGUCUUGUGAUGUUAGUCAACAAUCAGCUCCAUUUGAAACAGAAGAGAAAGUGCAGCAGAAACAUCUACUAGACAGCGCAAAAGAGCAACAUAUUAAGAACCUCAGUUCUGAAGAACUACUAUUGGAAAAUUCUACCAAUGGCAGCACAGUAUCUAAAAACACGUCCUCAGUAUUUAUGAGGCAGGUUUGCAAAGAUGGAAAGCAGGCUGAACUUGGUACCCAGCAUUCCAUAGCACCAACUAAACAACUUGGGAGUUCUUUUUCAAAUGCUACUAAUGAAUUGACUGGUGCAGUUUCUGCUUCUGGAGUUCCAAACACUACCUGUGAGGCAGAAAACCAUGUUGAAAGUGUUAAGCCACCAUGUGCAAGAACUGAUAAACUUGCUAAGCAAGAAUUUGAAAUCAGUGGGAUUGAAAGAGAAGAUGCAAAGCAGCCUUUAGGUACUGACAACAGUAAAUUAAAACAUGAAACAGGUCAAGUGAAAAACAUGACUAAGAUGACAGAAAAGGAAGAGUCCGAUGAGCUGAAAAUCACCAAGUCAGGCAAAUCAAAGCAAGAUAUUUCUGAGCCAGCUUCAGUUAUAGAUGAGAAAGCAUUGUUGGCAUCAGAAGGUGGUCUUGGUCAGCACAGCAAUGAAUGUUCUACCAGAAAGGCACUAUGUCCGAUACAAAAGGAGGUGAAUGAAAUAAACACUAAUUUAAUCAUAACUGGGGAAAAUCAGCCAGCAACUGUUUCUGAGGACCCUCGACAGUCUGAAAGCCCAGUAAUCUCAAUGGCUUCAAAUCCUACUCGUAGAAAUUGCCCACAAUUUCAGCAGAUAAUAAACAUGCAAGUUACUGAUCACACCUCAAAUUCUGCUUUUCAGCAGCCCUCUCUAUUACCUGCUGGGAAAUUGCCUGAACCUGUACCUGUCCCUCAAUUGGGGAAUUCAUUCUCUAGAGUACCCGAUAAAGCUGUUUAUAACAGUGGAAUCCCAAAGCCAAUACUACAGUAUCCCAGGACUGUUCUAACAGACAAAGGAGAAGCAGAAACAAAUGACCAGUCCAAGCAUGAAGGGAUGACUGAAGCUAAACUCAUUCCAAAACCCAAAUAUGUAAGACCUAAAAUUAUAACAUACAUUCGAAAACCAAUUCAGGUGAAACCACUUGAUGCUAUGCACAAUGACAUGGGACUGUCUCCAAAACUUUCUACAUGGACUGAGUCAAUUGCUAAAUCCUCUAUUUCAAAAGAAGUCAAGAUAUGUGAAAAUAAACCUCUCUCAGUGCUCAAUGUACCUGGUUCUCAUGACAGAUAUAAACAAGAAUUACAAAGAACUAAGAUAUAUACUACUGGUUUGAUGGUAUCUGGAAUCAAACCACCUGGUCGGAAAACAUUUCCCAGGAUGAUGGGAAAGUCAUUUCCUACUUCUGCUGAUAUCACAUUAAAGAAGUCUACUGAAGCACGUAUGCAGGAGAGCAUUUCUGAGGGAGAGUCCCCAGCUGCUGGUCUGAUUGGUUCUGAACAGGAUAUGGCUACAGUUACUGAAGAGUGCUUGAAUCCUGUACCAAGUGUCUGUAGGUUACCCAUGACUAUCAGGCCUCCAUUAGGUCUGGGAGCUAUCUCGAGACUACCUGCAGCCAAAAGCAGACUUGCAUUGCAGAGCCAGAGAACACCGAUAAACUCCACAGCACUUCAAAUUCAAGCACAAGUUGGCCAAGAAAUUGCAGUGGAACAGAAGAAAAACACCAUACCAAUUGUCCAAAGAUCAAGUCUACCCAAACCUGGGCACUCUGGACUUCGUCCUCCUGGUUACUCUCGAUUGCCAGCAGCUAAACUUGUGGCUUUUGGAUUUGUCAGAAGUUCAAGUCUGUCAUCAGUAUCAAGCAACCAGUCAAAUGAUAGUGUGCAUAGCGACCACAGCAAAGCUGCAAAUCGUUCCAACAGUGAAGAAAAAAUUAGCUCAAAAGCAAAAGCCUCAGUAACUGAUGUUUCCAAUGGAAAGACUGGACUGCAACCUCCGGGCAGUACAUCAGCAAAUCGGUGGAGUUUGCUUUCUGCACCUAAAACCACCACAGCAGGCACAGUGAAGAAGGAGGUCCAAAAAGAUCAUGAUAUUCCAAAAUCGAUUACUUCAUCACCAAAAAGAUUAGUCAUACCUGCCAGCAAGCUUCACUCACCAGGACUAAGCAAACUAAGGAGUGCUACAGCUGUUACAAGAAAUGGAUUUUCAGCAAAACCUGACCUCCAGUCACGAGAAUCUGAGCGCCAAACCAUCCAGAGACUCAAGGAAAGAUGUAAGGAACAGACCAGACAGCUGCAGUCUCUCCACGAGCAAUUGAAACAUGCUAGUCUUGGUAUUGAAGUUCUCGCUAUAACAACACAAUAUUUCCAUCAUAAAAAUGAAAGUGCUCUUAUCAAAGAGAAAGAACUCUCCAUUGAGCUUGCUCAUAUCAGGGAUGAAGUAGCCCUUAAUACAGCACGAUGUGAAAAGCUGCAAAAGGAGAAGGAAGAGCUGGAAAGGAGGUUUGAGAUCGAGGUACAGAGGCUCCAACUGCAACAGCAAGCAGAGAUCCGGGACCUUGAAGAGAGGUUGAAGGCUCAUUACACUACAGAGAAAGAGCACCUCAUAGAGGAACACACAGAGUACCUCAAGAAAAUCCAAUCUCAGCACAAGGAACAGGUGGAAGACAUGAUGGCUAACCAUACCAGUACAAUCACAGAACUAGAGAACAAUCACACUGUUGCAAUAACUAUUCUUCAAGAUAAGCAUGAAAAGAAACUUGAAGAACUAAAAUCCAUACAUGAACUUGAGAGGAUGACUUUAGAAGAAGAAUUUGAAAAACUAAGACUCUCCCUUCAGGAUCAAGUUGACACAUUAACAUUUCAGAAUCGUUCACUGAAGGAUAAAGCAAGACGAUUUGAAGAGGCCUUAAAAAAAACUACAGAUGAGCAAGUUGAGAUUGCCUUGGCACCUUACCAGCACUUAGAGGAAGAUAUGAACAGUUUAAAACAUGUUCUUGAAAUGAAAAAUCAACAAAUCCAUCACCAAGAAAAGAAAAUUAUGCAACUGGAAAAACUGGCUGAGAAGAAUGUGGUACUGGAAGAAAAGGUUCAAGUACUUCAACAACAGAAUGAAGAUCUGAAAGUCAGGAUUGAUAACAAUGCUGCCUUAACAAGACAACUCUCUGAGGAAAAUGCAACACUUCAUGAAUAUGUUGAGAAGGAAAGUAAGGAAAAGAAAAGGCUCAGCAGAACCAAUGAGGAGCUGGUUUGGAGGCUCCAGACUGGUGAGCCUGUUAGUCCAAUCAAAAUAUCCUCCUCUUCAAACUUCCAGUCUUCUCAGGGCACCCUCCCACCUCCAGCAGUGAGUGCUAACCCAAGAUGAUGAAAGAGCAUCAGAAUGAAAGAAAAUACAUGGGCCACCUUGAUAUUAUUCAUGCUAUCUCUGACGCUCAGCUAUAACUGCUGAAUAUUAUGCUUGGUUUUGCUCAAAGUCACCAUUUGUGAUUUGAGCACGCUUGUUAGCAUAUAACAAUAAGCAAACGGAGUUGCUUUUCAAUCUCCAGUAGAUCUUGCUGUUGAAGUCAUUGACAGUAAUGCACUUUGAGUGCAUUGUUUCUUCUAAAGUUGUACUCUAUGGAGUUUGAUAUGAGGAAGCUCUUCCAAAACUGUCCCAGGCCUACUGUUUAUGCCUCUUAUUGAACAGGUAUGCAAAAAUCAUAUUUUCUUUUAUCAUAUGGGCUUUUAAAAUAUUUGUACCUCUGUCCAAAAUUAUCUUUUAGUGUUCCCUUGAGUAACAUGUUAAAGAGUUCAGGAUUUUGCUUUUUGCUGUUAGUAUCUGAAUGUGAAAAGUUAUAUUUUUACACAAUUGUCAAAAUAUUUUGGCUUGUUGCCUCUUUCAAAAUGUCCCAAACAGACUGUGGUGAUCCCCGAGUAAAUCUCCCACCGUAAAAAUCACUGGCUGGAGGAAAGGAAGAUCGUCAUGCAGUGUACUCACACUAGGUGGUGGUGCUGAUCACAGAGGUGUACCCCAGCAGCUCAAGGUGGAACGCUACGAUCUUCAACACUGCAACAGCUUUUAAAGUACACUUCAAAGCUGCCAAUUCUAAUUCAAAGAAUCCAUUAUUGUAUAGAAAAAUGUUUGUAUUCAGUAACCGAAGACCCAUUUCUGCUGUUGAUAUUUUCUUACUCCUGGAAUAUUGGUCAAGGAAGUGAAUGCACUGCUGCUUGUAAGGCUCCUACUUGCAAUGAAUGUAACUAAAUGAAAACCGAGGAUAUUGAAACAAAGGCUCAAAAUAAUUCUUAAGUAUUUAACACCUCAAGUAUUCACCUAAUGACCAUUACUAAACACCACAUUAAUAAACAGAUUAUUAAGAGACAAUUGUCCCUCAAAGUAUUCCCAAGGAUCACUAAAGCAAAACCAGUGAUCCAAUCUGAAAAUUGAUGUCUUAUACAGCUGGUAUUACACACCCAGUUCUAGGUAACCCUCCUGUGUGAGCUAAAGAAUUUUUUAAUGUUGUAACAAAAUGUCAGCAUGUUUUUAAAAAGGUUACAAAAGAAAUCAGUAACAUUCAAUACAGCAGCUGGGGCUGAAUUGGAGUAAAUCAGUGACAUUAGCAGCUGUAGAUAGGAAUGUGGUUAGAGAAAUUCUGAAAGAGAGCUACAGAUUAAAAAACAGCUUACAUUCAUUUUAUUAAGCUGAUGCAUUAAAAUUCUAAGGGGCAGAAUUUAGUCAUGUGCAAGUUGGGAAACAGCAACAGACAAGAAUAAAAGAAAUACAUUUGUUAAAUAAAACAGAAUUGAUAUAUUAAAAGUGAUUAAUUAAAUAAUUGUCCACUCUUUGAAACUAGUGUGGUUAAUUUUCAUCCAGUCCAUGUAAACUGGGAAAUUGUACCAAAAUAUAUUUAAAGGAAAUACACAUUUACAUUGUCUCAUCACAUUAACAAUUUUGUGAAGCAUUUCCAGAGAAAUAUGAUUGAAAUCAGUUUUUGUUUCACAGUCAAAUUGAUAGCAUAAUCAUUACAAAAGAAUACUUCACCAUUUUGCAAAUUCAGAAUUGAACUUGGGCAAUGCAAGGACAGCAAGAGAGCAGUGGGUGAGGUGAAAACUGUAAUUCAGAUGUUUUAUUUGCCAAAUGAGAAUGCUUAAUGAAAAACUUAAAUUGGAGCCACUGCAAUUUAGCUGGAAUGAGUUAUUUAUUCUUUUCCACAUUUAUUAACUGAAUGCAUAACACCAUUGUCCUUUUGUAAUUCUUAAAUGCAGAAUAAGUCCGGAAGAGACUGUAGCACUCUUUCAAUUCCUUUUGGGUUACUCCACCAGAUUCACCCUUACCUGAUCUCAGUGAGGCUUUGCUGGCGAUUUUCACUGUGCCUUUGCAUACUCGUAUAGUGCUAGGUACAUUCUUUCAGUGGCACACUGACAUACUCAAUAGUGAUUAGGGAUUAUACAUGCAGAAUGUGUGACGAGAAGCAGAAUGUAAGAUACAGGUAAAUCACUUUCAGAACCACCACCAUAGAAAUUUACAUUCAGUGCAUCCCAGUUGUGUGAUUCAUUUAGCAUUAUCCAUCACCCCAAGGGUUUGUCCAACCCACAAUAUUAACACUUUGUUAAUCUUACUAACCCACUUCAAAUAGGGAAAGGGGCUACAUAAGCAUUUUGAGUUUAGGAUAUUCAAGGUUCAUUAUCAGGAAACAUUGCAGCAUAAAGUACACAAGUGUCCUUUUGAUGUUGGGAAAAGUCUUAGGUAUGAUCAAAUUGAAGGAGUUUUACUUUGUAUGUAAGCAUGCUAUAUUUGAGUUUGCAAUCUGUUCAGUAGAGUAAAUCAUUAUGAAAAGGGAGCCAGUUUGUAACAAGCUUUGUACUAUCUACAAAGAUCCUGUACCUUACCAGAAACAAAUGCCCCAGGAAUCCUAUGGAAGCUAUUCUUCACGGUCAGGCAUCAUAGCUGAGGCAAAAUCCUUUUACUUGAUGGCAAUGCACUCAUUGAGUGAGGUGCUUGCAGAAAGCCCUCUCAGUACAGGUAGGUCAGCAGUUUCCAAACAGUAAUUGCUUAUUAAAAAAUAUUUUAAGUUUAGGACUAACUCAGGUUUACUGAAAUUUACUGACGAAGCAAAGAUGGCAAUGAUUGCAAACCCAUGAUAUGCCUCACGUCUGAACUACAUACUGCCAUCUCUGGCCCCUUGAUCAUCUCAUCUCGCAGACUCAAUGAGGGUCAACCAUUGAGUGGAUGUUGCCAAGUAUACAGGUGAUCACUGUGUUCUUUCUGCCUCAUUGCUGGUCUGUAACUGCCAUGAGGAAGAGUUCCUUCAAGGACACCCUUCACUGUGACUAGCACAGCAAUAACACAGCAGCUAUGAGUACAUAGGUCUGACUUUAAUACAUACUUCCACAUGUAAACUGAUAGACCUCUGCUUUAAGUAUAUUUGCGACAAGUUUUACUAAUUUUUGUGGAGAAUCUAAAGGGAUGUUAGCACUGGGUCCAGUAGACAUGUGGUGCAUAUAAGGCAGGUGAAAUCUGGGCAUUUCCUCCAUUAACAAUGAUCUUAAGGAAAGAAGACACAUUACUCUAACCUUGUGCAAACCAUCCACAAAAAAACACACCUAGAAUGUUACCCUUUGUUUUCCUGAAACAGCUGGUGCUUCUGCAGAGGGGAAGGCAGACUGUUUCUUUGGUGUCUGUGAGGGACCCACCAUAAACUGCUCCAACUUCAUCUGCAGGGACCAACUCAGCUGUAGGGAUACAAGGCAGCAAUGUGGGAUGUUGGGGAGGGUUGCAGGCAAGGUGGAAAGUGUUUUAAUCAGAACCCUCUUCUCCCAUCAUCCCUCCGACUAGCCUCCUGCACUUCCUCAUUAGAAGUGUGCCUUGCAUGCAGACUAGCAGCCAAUGAAGGACCAAGGCUCAGGUAGCAGGCAUUCAUAGCACAGGGAAGAUCUCCAUACACCUCAUGUCAUCCCCACUAUUAAUGCUUCAUGCAGGUGGCCACCCUUCCCGGAGCCGACACUAACAUUGGAAACAUUGUGCCACUUGAACUCAUAACUGAAUUCUGCAGUCUCUGUGCAGGAGUACUGGCAGCAGCAAUGUAUAUCACAUGUUGCAGCAGCUCCACAUCUACCCUUAUGCCCUUCUACAUAAAUGUCAUUGCUGUUCUGUUUCACCAAGCUGGUCAUCUCCAGGCCACAAGGAUAGAGGGUCAGCUCGGUUUUCUACCUCACCCCUGUGUCCUGGGGAUCCUGUUCUGCAGGGAGGAGACUCAAGUGAGAACAAUGGCACAUGUUGGCCUCAUGAGGGAUGGCAAACAUCUGUUAAUACUUAUGCGGGAAGGAAGUUGAUAAUGAAUAAGUGACUGGAUUGCUGGCAAUGUGAGGAAAUGCACAGGCAGGCAAGGAUAGAUUUGUAAGGUAAGCUAGUGUUAGAAAUGAUAUUUUAGAGUGGACUUGAAGGGGGAGAUUCACAGGUUAGACUAAUAUGGCGAUCGGGAUGUGUGAACCUUUCUGCAGAUAAAGACAGGAGCAAGGGACUACACUCCUGCUGCUCAUUUCUACAGCAACUUCCAGCCAUGCCUUUCUCCAGUUAGCAUCCUUUUAGGAUCUUACAGCCCUCAAUAGGAGGGCACCAAUAUUAUCCAUAUCAUAUUUACAACAUACUAUUAAAUAGUAGAAACUGGGUAGUGGGCAUUGCAAUCAUAUCAUACAGAUUACAGAAAUUAGUCAGUCAACUAGGGUUGACAGGAGGCCCAAGUUAAAAUUUGGGUCUAGAAGUGGUAACUCUGACAUAAUUUACUCCUCUCUCAAACCCAGAAUUGCUAAUACCAAUUAGAGGGCUACAGCACCUGUUCAAAGAGAUCCAUCAAUUCAACCCAGCCUGGUGCUUUAACAAGACAACAGUGAAUACAAGGCCUUCCAACAAUGAAAAUGUAAUCAUCUAUCAAGUCAUCAGGGACUGUAAGAGUGCUUUAAUUACAAAUGGUUUCUGUUCUGUGACAGGUUUUAUUGAAGCAGCAACAUGGAAGCAGCAGUGCAUUGUGUAUUUCUUAACCACUGGAGAUCAGAAACUAGGUGAUUAUUUAUAUGCAAGUUAAACUGACAUUUCUGGGCAAUUUCAAUACCGAGUCCUUUCUAUUUAACAAAAGUGUAGAUCUAAUGAGUAUCUGAAAGAAAAAUGUAUAAAGUAACAAAAAUCAGGUAUUUAUAAAGUCCACACUGAUUGGGUGUGUGUCCUGUGGACACGUAAAACACAAGUUUGAUAUGAGAAUAAACAGUGACAUUUAGUUCUAGUGUUUAAUGAUCUGUGAAUAAUUUGUAUUUAUUUCUGCUGGUUGAGCUGGAUUGUGUGAGAAUUGAGUGUAAUACAGCACUGUAUUCUGUACGUAUACAUGUUCCUACACAAUAAAAGAUGGAAGCAUGCAAACCCCA